AUGCUUCCAAUAGAAAAAGAAAAUUCAAGAGUUGCUACAACUAAACCAUUAGAUGAACUUUUUACGAAUGUCGGUCAAAAGUUUGAGACAGAGACCGUAAAGCAUGAAGGCUAUCGUUUUGACUACCCCUUAAGAUGGCUAAGAGACCCAUCCGUCACAAAAGCUGUUGGCUUUCGUAGAAUGAAGUUCAUUUCAGAAGCCAUACAUGGUUUCCCAUUUACGGUCGGUUUUGAAGUUCGAUACUAUAACAAAGAAAAACGUACGUAUGAGAAAUUUGUACAGGGAAAACUUUUACAAGUUAGUUUGCUUGUAAACUUAGAAACAACUCUUCAAGCUUUUCAAGAAAAAAUAAACGAUAUCUAUCUCGAAUAUGCAAACCAGUUUAACAUUGACGAAGGAGAGUACCAUCUCGAUAUUUUAUAUGACAGGAAAAAUGCAACUGUUAAAAUCAAUAGAAUAGAAGACCUUGGAGAAGACGUUUAUAUUUCUACAAAAUAUAACAACUUGGCAUGGUAUAGAUUUUUGAGGAUGUUAAAUCAGCCUGCAGAAUAUCCA